AACGACCAAUUGCUUAGGACUUUUGAUUGCAGCUAUGCAUUCCACGGUAUCUAUACUAUGCAAUAAAUCAAAGGCAUUCAGCCAGUGAUUUGGACCAUGAAAUUCGAGCUGUCUGGUUUCUAAUUCGGUCUCGCUAAUAAAAUAGGGGGUGCAUGAACGACUUCGGGGCCCGUCAACAUAACUGAUUCGACUAAACUUUAAACAUAUCUUGUCUUAUCAAUUGACCGGUGUGCCUACACUAAAUUGGACUUUGAAGUUGAAUCUGCUCAAUUGUCUUCAAGCCCUCACAACACAUUCAAAGAACAGUAAGUAUAUUGUUAUUCACCUUACUUGCACAGUCCUACAGUCGUCAACAUCCCCUAUCUAUUCCCAUUCCUCCAAUCUACAGAUCACUGUAGAUUUUGAGGCAAAGGACGGGAGCCGAAGAAAUACACAGCUUCUGUUCUUGGCUUUUCAACCGACACCAAUCAGCUGCUCACCAGCCUCUUUUGCCAUCUUGAAAAAGUGGCAACUUCCGUACUCCAAUCAUCCACUCCCCAUGGCAGUUCUUCGGAGUCGUCCGCAUGCCGAUUCAAUUGGACUGGAGAAGUCCGCCAAGUUAUCAUAUCGACAUUGCGCCAAACAACUGCAGGAACCCAUCGCCAAGUGAUCGGCCUCCCCUCAGCCGUUCAGCUUCCAGAGACAUGUCCGAAGUGGCCAAAAAAACGUGGUCGGAGACUGUUUCCUUACUCGGUCGUGAAAGAUAACGACAAAAUCAAGGGAUGGGCUGCAUGAUGAGGUUAUAAAAGAGUUUUGGUUCCCUUACUUUUUGAAGGGUUACAUUCUGCCCAUCAAUCCCUGAAUCUAGCGAUCAUGAGGUUCUCUCUCGCUACCCUGGCCUUGGCGCUCAAUGCCGUCGCGAAUGCCGUCACUAUCAACCAAAUCAACGGCAUCAAAUACCUCUCCCCAUAUGCUGGUCAAACUUUGACUGGCAUCAAGGGAUUGGUGACUGCUAAGGGACCAUCUGGGUUUUUCCUCCGAGACACGACACUCAACCUCGACAUCAGAUCAUCAAAUUCCAUCUAUGUCUACGGAAGUCUUGCUCUCAAGAAUGUCACAGUCGGAGACAUCAUCACGGUUGAUGCGACAGUCGCAGAAUACCGAUCGACUUCCACUUACCUGUACUUGACCGAAUUAACAUUCCCAAAUAAUGUCAAAGUUCUGUCAAGCGGAAACGCUGUCAAGCCGGUCGUCAUUGGCGAGGAUCUUCUCGUUUAUCCCCCAACGGAGCAAUUUUCUUCCCUUGACAAUUGGGACGUCUACUCCCUUCCAAACAACCAGAGUCUCGUUUCUACAGCAAACCCAACUCUGCAACCACUCCUGUUUGGAAUGGACUUUUGGGAAAGCUUGAGUGGAGAACUCGUGACCGUGAAACUCCCAGUUGCAAUCACCAAAUCCAACAGAUACGCCAAUGUGUGGAUUGCUGGAUCAUGGAGAAAGUCAGGAACCAACAAGCGUGGUGGACUGACCAUGAGAGACAGAGACUCUAAUCCAGAGACACUUGCGGUCAUUGAUCCGCUUGAUGGCACCAAGAACCCCAACACUGUCAAGCUUGGUGAUACCUUAGAGGAGAUCACUGGUGUCCUCACGUACGCAUUCGGAUACUACAGUAUCUAUCCCCAAACAGCUAUCAAGGUUGUAGCCUCGGCGUCUCCAGCAACCCCUCCACCCACCACUCUCACUUCCUCCGGGACAUGCAAGCAGCUUACAGUUGGUGAUUACAACGUUGAGAACCUGACCCCAAAAUCAGCGUGGCUUCCGUCAAUCGCUGAUCACAUCGCCACAUACCUGAAGACUCCAGAUCUCAUGUUUCUCCAGGAGAUCCAAGAUGACAACGGAGCAACAAACAAUGGAGUCGUCACUGCAAACUUGACCCUGACCACUCUCGUCAACGCCAUCUACAACAUCUCCGGCAUCAAGUAUGCAUUCACCGAAGUCCUCCCCACCAACAUCCAAGACGGCGGCGAGCCAGGCGGAAACAUCCGCCAAGCCUACCUCUACAAACCCGACAUCCUCCGCCUCCACAAGCCCAACCUCGGUGGACCCCUCGACGCAAACGAGGUCCUCCCCGGCCCAGAACUCAAAUUCAAUCCUGGACGUAUCGAGCCAUCUAACCCAGCGUUUACAGCGAGUCGUAAGCCCUUGGCUGCUGCGUGGGAGACGCUUGAUGGGAAGAACAAGUUCUUCACUGUGAACUUGCAUCAGGGCAGUAAAGGCGGUGGAAGUCCUCUGGUGGGAGACGCUCGGCCUCCUGUUAAUGGGGGAGUUGCCGAUCGUUCGGCGCAAGGGAAUGUCACGGCCACAUUCGUCUCCCAGAUCCUCAAGCAAAACCCCUUCGCCAAAAUCAUCGUCGCAGGCGAUUUCAACGAGUUCACAUUCGUCGAGCCCAUCGAGACUUUCAAAUCCGUCUCGCACCUCCUCGAUCUCGAUGAUGUGACUCUCACGCCUUCAACUGAGAGGUACACGUACAUGUUCGAUAUGAACUGCCAGGAGUUGGACCACAUGUUUGUCAGCCCGGCGUUGAUAUUAGGAGCGGCGUUUGAGCAUGUUCAUGUUAAUACUUGGAGCUCGUUGGCGGAUCAGAAGAGUGAUCAUGAUCCGAGUGUGGCGAGGCUGAAUGUUUGUGGGUGAUGUGGAUGAUGAUUUGGGAUGAUUUGAUGAUGUAAUGAAAUGGAAUGGAAAACAUAUUGUAGUGUAUCAAAACUUAGAUUAUGACGAACUGCAUGGGGGGGUUCUCGUCCAUGAUUAUUUAUUCGUACCCCGCUCACUGUGCUGAUG